AUGAUCUUAUCAGUCAGAUCAGGUGCUGCCUCAGCUGUGAGACGAAUUGUCCGACCAUCCACACGUGGUUUCAUCGCAGCACCAUCUCUCUUUUCGGGAGAGGUCAAAAUACAAGCCAACGACCCCUCACCAAAGCCUGCCCCGCAGAAUGUAUCGGAGACCAAUGCCUUAGAAAUUGAUGCGGGCGGAGCCCGUGAUGCGCCUCUCCAAGAAUUGCCAGAGGAUGGGGAGAAGCGACGAGUGAUGCAGGCUCCCAAUCGAGCAACAAAAUGGUCUCCGAGUCAGCAGCCCAGAGAAAUGGCUAUGAGGGGUCCGCGUUUUGAGCAGGUCAUCAUGGAGUGGCAGCCACGACCACUCGCUGCAAUCGAACUCAUUCACAAACAGCCAGUACGAUGGACACACAGUUCGAAGGUGGUUUGUGAUGGCGGAGGAGGGCCAUUAGGUCAUCCCAGGAUAUUCAUCAAUGUCGAUAAGCCGCAAGUGGUUCCCUGCACUUACUGUGGUUUGCCCUAUGCACACGAACACCACAGAAAGUACCUCGAAUCCUUACCAUCCACGCCCUAUCCCCUGAAGCCUCUAGGAGAUCCAGCAGAGUUGAAUCUGAUUCCAAGAACGGUUGACGACGCUACCUUGAUGGCACCGUUCUAUUCUCGAUAUGUCCCUAACAGCGGUGCUUCAGCAGCUAAACCCGCAAAUCUCAGCUCGCCCCUGCCGUCAAAGAAGCGGAAGUUGGGCGACGAACAGGAUGGUCUUCGCCAAGAUAUCAAAAUCCGCAAAAAGACUAUUCGGGAGCAACCACAAGAUGUCCAGAAAGAGGUCGUGAGGACAAAAGACUCUACGGACAGGUCGAAGACAUUGUUUAAAUCUAGUAGUGAUAGCUCGGAGAAUAUCCCUCAAGAAGUGGGGAGGGUAAAUGGUUCGCUCGAAGCUGGCGACAAUGGGGAUGAAUCCUCGGCUUUAGAAGAGCAAUCUGUAAAAGUGCAGAAGAAGAAGGAGAAGAAGAGGAGAAGGAAUUCCCCACGCGCUCAGCCCGAAGAUGAAGCGCUUAACGUCUCUAGAACAACCCAAGAUCCGAAUCAGCAGGGUUCUGAAGUCGACAAUGGAGUCAAAGCAGAAAGCGGCAAGGAGAAGAAGAAGAAACGACAGAAGACGAAAAACGUCACGGAGACUGUGAGUGGAGAUAAUGAGCAAACCAGCACUCAACAGGAUCAGCAUGGCACUCUUCGGUCAAAAUUCGAGAAAGCUACGAAGAAUACAGUGAGAAAUGCACCAAGAUUAGAGCAUGACACCGGGCAGCAGCAAGAUGAAAAUCCAGAACUCCCAGAACUUCAUGGUUUGGAGCCUUUACCGCAACCCCCACCGGCAGCUGAGAGUGAUGAGAAACCCACGUUCUCUUCUUUGCCCCCCUGGCUUGCCAACCCGCUUCGGGCAGACUCUGGUCAAUCCGUCGAUUUCAGCAGUCUGGGCUUGGAUCCUAUAGUGCUUCAAAACAUCAAAAAGCAGGGUCUAGAGACGACGUUCCCGGUUCAAUCUGCCGUAAUCCCAAUUCUCACAGAUGGACCAAAUCGGCAUCAAGGGGAUGUGUGCAUUUCUGCUGCAACAGGAUCCGGGAAAACGCUUGCUUAUGUGCUCCCCAUGGUCCAACACCUGAAAACACUAGCUACGACCAAGCUACGAGGGUUAAUAGUAGUACCUACUCGAGAACUAGUGCGGCAAGCCAGGGAAACAUGCGAAGCUUGUGCUGCUGGAACGAAUGUCAAAAUUGCUACAGCAGUUGGCAGCAAGUCUUUGCAUGACGAGCAAGAAAACUUGGUGGAAACGUACCAGAUUUACGACCCAGAUGAAUACAGGAAACAGCAGGAUGCCCCAGUCGACUGGAGCAAGGUUGAUCUUGAAGACCUGUUGACCGAGUUGGACAACGAAACCGAAGCUGUUGUCGACUUUGUCGUCAAAUAUCGGUCUAAGGUCGACGUCCUAAUCUGUACGCCUGGGCGACUGGUUGACCACAUGCGAUUUACCAAAGGCUUUACUUUGAAUGAUGUACAAUGGCUCAUUAUUGAUGAAGCCGACAGACUUCUGAAUGAGAGCUUCCAGGAGUGGACAGAAAUCGUUGUACCGGCUCUACAGAGCCGAGCCGCGCAUAUCCUGCAAGACAACAUCUUGCGGCGUAUGAGGCUAGAAAUACCAGAGCGCGUUGUCCAAAAGGUGAUAUUGAGCGCUACGAUGACACAGGAUAUCAGCAAGCUCAAUUCUCUGAAGAUGCGGAAUCCAAAGCUGGUAGUUGUUGGAGAUGUCAAAGCUCCUGCCGAUCCCGAAACGAUCGAUGCGUCUGCUCCAGAGCCACCAGGGGACGAAAGCAGCACCUUCAAUCUACCUUCAACGCUGCUAGAGUAUGCAGUGCCCGUAGGCGAUGGGGCAGAGAAACCGCUCUAUCUGCUGGAACUUCUACGAACGAAAGUCAAUGUGUUCGAUCUCGACAAUGCCGAAGGAACAAGAUCCGGCGCCGCUGAAGACGAGGAUGAAACUUGCACCUCAGACUCAUCAGCAUCAGACUCAGACUCGAUAAGCUCCUCGACAUCCUCUUCAACUAGCAGCAGCCCCUAUCUCCCGGGAACCCAAAAGCCAAAACGAUCAUCCGAAGCCUCAACCUCAGAAUCUUCCUACCAAAACACAGCCCUAAUAUUCACCCGCUCGACCUCAUCCGCCACCCGCCUAGCCCGCUCUUCAUGA